AUGGUACUACAGGAGGCAUCAUUGGGUGAAUACCCAAUCUACUAUGGAGGAGUGACCCCUGAGGUGAAGGAGCAGGCAGAACUCAUCAGCCAGAAGGGCAAUUACAGAGUGCUUGUGCCAGACCUGUACAAGGGCAAAAUCGGCGUCAACGCUGAAGAAGCAAAGCACCUGGCGUCUGAAUUAGACUACGAAUCAGCCAUUGAGGGCUUGAAGCAGUCUGCCGAAUGGCUGCGCGCCAAUGGAGCCACCAAGGUUGGGGUGACUGGAUUCUGCCAGGGAGGCUCCCUCGCCCUGCUGGCGGCUGAGUAUGCUGGCGUGGACGCAGCUGCACCUUUCUAUGGCAUUCCUAACAGCUACCCCAGCCAUCCCGAGAAGAUCAAGGUGCCUGUGCAAGCGCAUGUGGGUGACCAGGACAACUUCUUCCCAGAGGAGGACGUGAGGAAGUUUGUGGACGAGAUAAAGGCGGCAGGUGGAGAUGCGGUGUUGUAUGUCUACCCGGGAGAGGGCCACGCCUUCAUGAACGCACAGAGUGACAGCAUCGAGCGCAUGAAGACUGCAGGCAUUCCUGUGGGCAAGAGGGAGACUCAGGAGCUGGCCUGGUCCAGGCUCAUGGACUUCUUCAAAAAACACUUGGGCUGA